GGGCGGCGGCGGCGGCAGCAGAGGAGCUAGCGCUGCAGCUUGUUCCCUCGGGCCGCGCCCCGCCACCACCUGCGCGUCUCCCCUUCACCUCCCCCGGCGCCCGGACUCUCCAGUGCCGUGGCGUGUGGGCUCUCGGUGCCGCAGCAGCGGUAUCACUGCGUCCGACAAUUAGGAGACUCGGCGUUUGGUUCCCAGGGGCGCGGGACGAGCGGCGCUGCCCGUUCCGGCGAGCGCAGGGUGCGCCGCGCGAGUCCCUCCCGCCGUGCUCCCCGCGACGUUUUCGGAGGGGGUAGAGAACUGCUGUGACUUUUAAGGUCGGACUCCUCCUUCCGGCCAGCCUCCUGACGCGCCAGCCCGUAGAGAGGCCAGUGUGACCGGCAGGCCCCGAAGGCUCACGGCGUGGUGUUAGGACUUGGAACGUGUCCCGGAGCCCGCAGCUCAGUGUGCGCUGGUUAGUUUGGAGCGGGGUCGGGUGUCCCCGGGCGAGAGGGGCGGAAAGGACGUCGCGCUGUGCCCCGUCACCCACCCCCUAGUGUUGUCCCCACUUUGAGAGUAAUUGAGACUUGAGCGUGACUGCGGAGCCGCGAGGAUGCGGGUGCCGGGCGCGGGCUUUCCUUCCCUCUGCACGGAGUGAUGGGGCGGGUUGGUGAGCGGAACAAAGGAGCCCGCCCUGGGGAGUGGGUCCUAGGCUGAAGACCACGGGUCGCGCGUCGAGACGGCCGCCUGCGGACUAGGGUGGUUCACUCUCCCGCGUGCGGGCGACAAACCCCCGAAUAGGGCACCUGCGCGCCGCUCUCACCCAGGCGCCGGGGCAGCCCCGCCUGCCGGCCCACUGGCCCCAGAGGUCCGCUGCUCCCGCAGCCCCACUCCUGGCGGCCUGAGGUCCAGCGGAAAACCACUUGCUGGUGCGGAAGAGAGGCCCCGGUGCCCCGGACCCUUCACGGAGAAGCCAAGGCACCUGGAAGGGGCCGCGCGCCGUGGAGUAAGCAGGCAUCUUUGGGGACACUUCUACAGACCCAGGGCUUCCAUGCGAGCGAAUUUGCUCUCCCCCUGAGCGCCUUGUUAUCUCAACCGUCUCCGCUGCCAGAGCAUCGCGCUGUAGGGCCGGGAGCGACUGGAAUUCUCGCCGGUCCUCCGGAGUGUGAGGUUCGCACGGCCCCUGCUGCCCCGCGCCUCGCCGGAGCCCGAAAGGGCGCGGGUCCGGGGAGAGGGCCGGCCGGGAGUGUUUGAUGGCUUCACUGAGAAGAGUCAAAGUGCUGUUGGUGUUGAACUUGAUAGCGGUGGCCGGCUUCGUGCUCUUUCUGGCCAAGUGCCGGCCCAUCGCGGUGCGCAGCGGAGACGCCUUCCACGAGAUUCGGCCGCGCGCGGAGGCGACCAACCUCAGCGCGCACAGCGCCAGCCCCAUCCAAGAUGCGGUCCUGAAGCGCUUGUCGCUGCUGGAGGACAUCGUCUACCGGCAACUGAAUGGUUUAUCCAAAUCGCUUGGGCUCAUUGAAGGUUAUGGUGGGCGGGGCAAAGGGGGCCUUCCUGCUACCCUUUCCCCAGCUGAAGAAGAAAAAGCCAAGGGCCCCCAUGAGAAAUAUGGCUACAAUUCCUACCUCAGUGAAAAAAUCUCACUGGAUCGUUCCAUUCCGGAUUAUCGACCCACCAAGUGUAAGGAGUUGAAGUACUCUAAGGAGCUUCCCCAGAUAUCCAUCAUAUUUAUCUUUGUGAAUGAGGCCCUGUCAGUGAUCCUGCGGUCAGUCCACAGCGCUGUGAACCACACGCCGACACACCUGCUGAAGGAGAUCAUCCUGGUGGAUGACAACAGUGACGAAGAGGAGCUGAAGGCCCCCCUGGAGGAGUAUGUGCACAAACGCUAUCCGGGACUGGUGAAGGUGGUGCGCAAUCAAAAAAGAGAGGGCCUGAUCCGAGCGCGCAUCGAGGGCUGGAAGGCCGCCACUGGCCAGGUCACUGGCUUCUUUGAUGCCCACGUGGAAUUCACUGCUGGCUGGGCUGAGCCGGUUCUUUCCCGAAUCCAGGAGAACCGGAAGCGGGUGAUCCUCCCGUCCAUCGACAACAUCAAACAGGACACCUUUGAGGUGCAGCGGUACGAGAACUCGGCCCAUGGGUACAGCUGGGAGCUGUGGUGCAUGUACAUCAGUCCCCCGAAAGACUGGUGGGACGCCGGAGACCCUUCUCUCCCCAUCAGGACACCAGCCAUGAUUGGCUGCUCCUUCGUGGUCAACAGGAAGUUCUUUGGUGAAAUCGGUCUUCUGGACCCUGGGAUGGAUGUGUAUGGAGGAGAAAAUAUUGAACUUGGAAUCAAGCUGCUGAGGAGUCCAGAGUGCCUGCAGCCAUGUUGCAUGGGAAAUGCCCACCAGGUAUGGCUCUGCGGGGGCAGCAUGGAGGUCCUGCCUUGCUCACGGGUGGCCCACAUUGAGCGAAAGAAGAAGCCCUACAACAGCAACAUUGGCUUCUACACCAAGAGGAAUGCUCUCCGGGUGGCUGAGGUCUGGAUGGACGAUUACAAGUCUCAUGUGUACAUAGCAUGGAAUCUGCCACUGGAGAAUCCAGGAAUUGACAUAGGUGAUGUCUCUGAACGAAGAGCCUUAAGGAGAAGUUUAAAGUGUAAGAAUUUCCAGUGGUACCUGGAUCACGUUUACCCAGAAAUGAGAAGAUAUAAUAACACCAUUGCCUAUGGGGAGCUUCGCAACAACAAAGCAAAAGAUGUCUGCUUGGACCAGGGCCCGCUGGAGAACCACACAGCAAUACUAUACCCAUGCCAUGGCUGGGGACCCCAGCUCGCCCGCUAUACCAAGGAAGGCUUUCUGCACUUGGGAGCCCUGGGGACCACCACGCUCCUCCCUGACACCCGCUGCCUAGUAGACAACUCCAAGAGUCGCUUGCCCCAACUGCUUGACUGUGACAAGGUCAAAAGCAGCCUGUACAAGCGGUGGACCUUCAUCCAGAAUGGAGCCAUCAUGAAUAAGGGCACAGGACGCUGUCUGGAGGUGGAGAACCGUGGCCUGGCUGGCAUCGACCUCAUCCUCCGCAGCUGCACAGGACAGAGGUGGACAAUUAAGAAUUCCAUCAAGUAGUGGGAAGGAGCUGGGGACCCCAGAGCCUGGCUUCCUGGGACAGUGUCUGCCCGUGUUCUGGACCAGCCACACUGGUGGAGAGAUAGCUGGGAGCCAGCAGGUGCUCGUGGGCGUCCGGGGCUUCUCCAGGGCAGCAUGGGGGCCCCAGAUGGAGACGUUGUGUCCACAUCAGGCACUCAGCUUCCAUGGGGCUCCUGGACCCUGGGAAAGCACCCCCCACCCACCCCUUCACUGGGAACCCAGGAGCUGUGUCUUCUGCAGCCCAGAUGUGAACCUGGUACCAAGGAGUGAAACAUCCACAUCUCCUUUGUCAUCUCCCCACCCACCAUCAGGACUGGACUGGCAGGGGCCUCUCCUCUUUCUCACUUCUUCCAGCAGCAGCUUCUGAAUUCCACCCUAGCCCUCAACAAAGUUGGGGGCUGCAGGUCUCAGCCACAUCCUAGCUCCCCCCAUUUCAGGGGAGGCAGUGAGGCCCUGAGACUCAGUUUUCCCUGAAGUCACUUCUGCCCAGAUGUCCAUUCAUAACCAAGGCAGCCUCCACCCCAAACUUUUCCAUUAGGUGGCGUGUGGCUUUAGCUCUGGGUUUUUCUAGACUCUCCCUGAGCUGGCCUGUAAGGAGCUGACGCUUCAUAGUCACCUGGGCAUUAGUAGGCUCCUGUGCUCCCAGGACAGUUCUUCUGCCUGGGUCUGGAGGGAGCUGAAACAGACAUAGGCUGAGCACACAGGGUGGCCCGAGCUGUGCAAGGUCCCCCAGGCUGGAGUCAGGCGGUGCAGCUCUGCCUGCUAAGGACCAGGAUCCCUGACUCAUGGAGGCCACUGCAGGGGACUCAGCAAGGGGCCUCCACCUGGAGCCUAGGGACUGGAACCAGCACAGCAAAGGGGGUCAGGGCCCUCGAGGAUGCUCUGUGCUCAUUUCAUUUCAGCCCAUGCUCUGUUGGCUGACAGGGGAGAAGGCAGUCGAUUCCUCUCUGAAGAGUAAUAAUUUUUUUUCGAUUGCCCUCUGGUUAGGGUGCACUUAUAAAUCAGAGUUAAUAUAUGGAUGUGUGUGCAUGCAUAUGAGUGUGUGCGCUGGUGUGUGUGUGGCAGGGCAUGUGUGGCUGCAUGUGCGUGCAUGCAUGUGUGACACCACGUGGCGUGUGUGUCUGGGUGUGUGUCUGAGUGUGUGGUAGAGCAGGUGUGGAAGUGUGGCUUCAGGCUUUCCACUUCAUUGCUUGCCUGGAUCAGGACAAGGCUGCUGAGAAGAUUGGGGGGCUGGGGGGUGGCCAUACAUCUGGAUGGAAGGAUGUGGCUGGGCCUUGCCCUGUGUGGUACCCUAGACAGAAUGCUGUGCUUCUGCCAGUUCCCAUCUCUCUCCCUCAUGCUGUCCCCAAAGACCAAGCCCUGCCCAGAACCAAACCCUAUAGUUGCCCAGUUUGGGGUUCAUAUGUUUCAUUUGGUGGCAUCUUGUUGGUGAUCGCCCCCCCCCAUAUCCCCCCUUGUGAAAUAAACACACGUGAGCA